UUACAAAUGUUCCAGCUGGGUUUGUUCCCUUUGCAGAGGUAUUUAUGGACGUACGUAAUGGUGUUCAGAAUAGAGUGAGAUAUCUUGACCAAUACCAAUGUGUUGGCAGCUAUUAUGUAACAAACAACCUGCAAGAUAUACUCUGGAGUCCGUACAAGAAUGAUUCCCCUGGUGGCAAUGGUCAACAAGUAGUAGUGGUGACUCAAACUUACACUGGAUCUACUACUCAACUUACAACUAUGCCAAUUGAUACAGGUAUUGGAACAAUUACUAUUGUUGUUCAGGUGCCUAUCCCGACCGUUACGACUACAAGCACCAGGAAUGGUCCCCAUACGACGAUUACUGUUACGGCGCCACCAGGAGAAACGGCAAGUGUAAUCGAUUUGAUACCAGAGGAAACUCCUACCAGUAGCUCCGUGGAAUCGACGGAAUUACCAUCCAGCACUGAAGAUCAAGACUCUUCUACAAUUACUGACGAAAGUACCAAUUUCUCGCUGAGUACCGAAGAAUCGUCAUCUAUCGAAUCGUCCACUAGUGAAACUGAACAAUCAUCAUCUACUGUUACCACUGAACAAUCUUCCACAAGUGAAGAGGAAGAAUCGUCAUCUAUCGAAUCGUCCACUAGUGAAACUGAACAAUCAUCAUCUACUGUUACCACUGAACAAUCUUCCACAAGUGAAGAGGAAGAAUCGUCAUCUAUCGAAUCGUCCACUAGUGAAACUGAACAAUCAUCAUCUACUGUUACCACUGAACAAUCUUCCACAAGUGAAGAGGAAGAAUCGUCAUCUAUCGAAUCGCCCACUAGUGAAACUGAACAACCAUCGUCUAUUGUUACUACUGAAGAAUCGUCCACAAGUGAAGAAGAGGAAUCAUCAUCUAGCGAAUCAUCCACAAGUGAAAGUGAACAGUCAUCGUCUAUUGUUACUACUGAAGAAUCGUCCACAAGUGAAGAAGAAGAAUCGUCAUCUAUCGAACCAUCCACUAGUGAGACGCAACAAUCAUCGUCUAUUGUUACUACUGAACAAUCUUCUACAAGUGAAGGAGAGGAAUCAUCUAUGGAAUCCACCACUAGUGAAACUGAACAAUCAUCAUCUAUUGCUACUACUGAAGAAUCUUCCACAAGUGAAAAAGAAGAAUCGUCAUCUAGAGAGGAAAGUGAUCAAUCUUCUACAACUUCGAAGGAGGAAUCAUCAGCUAGCGAAGGAAACGGAGAAUCGUCUUCUGAAGGUUUCACGGAAACUUCAACAGAGCCUUCUACAAGUCAUGAAAGUCAAACUUCGCCUGAUAUUUCUACAGAACCUUCAUCUAGUCAAUCGGAACAUCAAUCAAUACGAGGGAUGCUGUCGACUGGGGUACCAUCCAGUAAUAUGUCCACUAGUUCAUCGUUAGCAAGGCUAAGUGAUAUUUCAUCUACAGCAUUGGAAUCUUCUCAUAAAACAGAAUCAUCUGAAACAGAAUCCACAAGCUGUCCAACAUGUACGUCAUCCGCAGAGUCUCCACAUUCACUCCCACAAUCUUCAUUAAAUGAGUCCUCUAAUAUCCUAUCAAUAUCAGCUGGGUCCCCACUUGUAACACUGACUGACCAACUUCCAAACAGUCCAGACUCACACACGUACAUGUUGAGUUCAAGAAUUGCUGAAGGAUAUACAUCGGUAACAGUGGUUGUUUUGCCAUCUGCGUACUGUCCGACAUGUACUAUACCUAUUCCACCAUUUGUCAAUUCUUCCAUUCCUGUCACGUCAACCACGUUAAAGACUUCGUCUUCUUUGUUAACUUCAAGAGAGAUAUCACAGGUUGAAACAGACAGAAGGACUAAACACUCAAAUAGUUGUGCUAGCUGUAGCCACGAAUAUUCAUCUUGUCUUACAUGCAAUCAGGAAUCUCAUGGAUCUACUAAAGAUUUCAAUACCGAAGUAAUUGACACUCGUAUUAUAGCUGUUGAGACAACGACCUUCCCUGAACCAAAUUCUGGAGAAAUUCCCAAUAAUUUGAAGACUAAAACGGUCACAUUGCUUGGGACCAUUACAGAAUACCAUACAAUUCCAAAAAGUCGAACUGCAAUUGGUGAAUUUCAUAGAUCUACGAUUUUGGGAGGUUCUAGUAACGAAGCUUUGGGGUCAAGCAUUGAUGCUUCACAUUCUGAGAAAUCAGUUUCAUCUAAACCUUCAGAGCUGACAAUAGUACCUGUAAUUACUUAUGAUGGUUCUGCUUCUAAGUAUAGGCACUUUGCUGUUUGGAGUGAAGUAACGAUGAUUGUUAUACGUAAACCUGCUAACAAUUCAUGUCGAUUGAUACUACAACGUCGGUAUUUAUUCAAAGGACUUAAGAAUGUAACAACAGGACUUCAAAUAUAUAGAAAGAAAGAUGAUAAUGAAGGAUUCCAUCAUGAAUAUUCAAUUAGACCGGAUACUUAUGCAUUUAAAGUAUCAGGUUCAAAUGAUUCCUUACGUUCAAUUACAAGUAAACCAAAGAAGGUUGCCUUCCCUGAUCUAGGAGCACCACAUCCAUUACAACAACAGGAUGAUAAUCUGAAUCCUGGAUUCAAUGCAAUUGAAUAUAUUUAUAGGAAAAGUACCAAUUAUCCAUUUGGAAAUAAAACACCACAACAAGUCUUUGAUAGUUACCCAUUGACAAAUUCAGAUAAACUAGCUAGACUUACCAAUCGUCCUACAAGAGUGAAAAUGUCUACUUCUGACUUUAUUGAAGAUUCUUUAUAUAAUCCAAAUUAUGGUUAUUUCUCAAAAGAAGUUGAAAUCUAUCAACCUGAUACUCCAUUUGAUUAUAAGAAUAUUAAAGAUAUUGAUCAAUUUAUUGACAAUUGGCAGAAAUCAUAUUCAAAAUAUGAUCAAAAAGAUCAUCAAUCUCAGCAGCAACAACAACAACAAUCAGCUCCACCUCAAUUACUUGAACAAAAAUCACUGGGAUCUAAACUUGCUAACCGUGCUUUACAAAUUCAUAAGAUGGAUUUAGAAGCUACUAAAGGUCAAAUCCAAACUACUAAAAAAUCAUUACAAUUAUGGCAUACCCCUACAGAAUUAUUCCAACCUCAUUAUGGAGAAGCUCUUGCAAGGUAUAUUCUUGUCAAUUAUAAAUUAAAUGGAAAUUAUCCAUAUGAAGAUUUAAUAAUUUAUGAAAUGGGUGGAGGAAAUGGUACAUUGAUGUGUAAUAUCUUAAAUUAUAUUCGUAAAAAUCAACCAGAUAUUUAUGCUAGAACUAAAUAUAAAAUUAUUGAAAUUUCAAGUCAAUUGGCUGCAAAACAAAUGAAGCAAGCCCUUAAUAACAAACUUGCAAGUCAUGGAUUGGAUUCUUCAAAACUAGAGAUUUAUAAUAAAUCGAUAUUUAAAUGGGAUAAAGUUGUGACUGAACCUUGUUUCUUUAUAGCUCUUGAAGUUUUCGAUAAUUUUGCUCAUGAUUUAAUUCGUUAUGAUAAUUUGACUGGUCAACCAUUUGAAGGAAAAGUGUUAAUUGAUGAACAUGGAGAUUUUUAUGAAUUCUUUACUCCAGAAUUAUCAUAUUAUUCCAAUGCCUAUCUUAAUUUAAGAGAAAGUGGAUCCCUUUCAAUUUUAGAUGAAUCUAAUUCAAUUCGAGGAAAGAUGGAGACUAUAAAGAGUGUAAUUCCCUUUUUAACCGAUAAGGAUAAGAUACAUCCAUUAUUACAUUCUUCAACUAAAUUAAAAAUGAAAAAUUCAAUACUUCCUUUUAAAGAUAAUUUAACUCCUGGUGAAUUUAUUCCAACAAGAUUAUUACACUUUUUCCAUAUUUUAAAACAUAGAUUCCCAAAUCAUUCUUUAUUAUGUUCUGACUUUAAUUAUUUACCAAAAACUAUACCCGGUGUUUAUAAUGGACCAGUUGUACAAACAGUAUUAAAAGAUAGAACUGUAGAUGUAACAACAUAUAUGGUUCAUCAAGGAUUUUUUGAUAUUAUGUUUGCUACCGAUUUUAACAUUGCAUCUGAAUUAUAUAAACAAGUUACUGGGAAAGUACCUCGUGUUGAAUCACAUCGUGAAUUCCUUGAUCAAUGGGCUGAUACUGAAGCAACUACCACUAAAACAGGAGAGAAUCCAAUGUUAGACUUUUAUAGAAAUGUUAGCUUUAUGGUUAGUUGA